AUGCAUGCGGAGAAUCCUCUACAGAGUCCCGCCGAAGUCAGCUCGGUCGGACAACAGUCAGAGUCGCAAAAUAACGCCCUACCUGGGCAAAUCCUCACAGGAAAACAAGAACAUUACCUUAAGCGCGAGCUCAUCGCCCGCCAAGUGCAAAGCGAAAUCGUCGAGUUAAACUCCCCCACGGCCCUCCAACGUUUCGGCGCCCCGUUCAGGUCAGAGUACGGAGAAGUCGCCCCAGUUGACUCAGAACUCCCCAUUCUUCGAUAUAUCUUCGUUCAUCAUGUGCGCAAUUUCCCUUUUCUCGAUCAGGCCCGCGAGAAGGAGUUUUGGCAAGAUAAAUUGCAAGUGUUCCUAGAGUCCUUCGCGAAGAAGCAUGUUUCGUCGUCCGAAGAUCGCUUAGAGGAGACAAAGCGCAGAAAAUUGGCAAGAAAGUGUGAGAAGCUCGUGGAGCUUAUGAUGGUAUCAGGUAUCCCAACGGCAUCAGGAUAUGAAGAACGAAUCCAGUUUUCGGAAAUCGAGGUUGUAGAUCGUGGUGCCAAUGACAAGGGUCUAUUGGUUAAUAUGCCGGAAGGGAAUGCCAUACACGGCUGGGAUGUCAAUGUGGCUGCCGUGAGAAUAACCUCUGUCAGGCGGACUGUGCGGUAUCAUCAGCAUGCGGAAUUCAUUCUUCGUGUUCGUCGGGAAGGAAAGUCCGACGUCUAUGUGGCCCGACGGUACGGCGACUUCGCGAAGCUUCACAAGAGACUGCGCACCGAGUUUCCCGGAAAACCACUACCAGUUCUUCCGCGCAAGAACAAGUCCUCAACGUCGUCGAGCUUCUUCUCCUCAGCCGACGAUGACGCCUCCUCGGUCUCCUCUUUAUCGAGCCAGAGUGGAAGUACGCCGGAUGAAGGACAACCAUCUCGAAACAGCUUAACUCCGGGAAACCAUCUGCAUCGCUCUGCAUCGCGGUCGUCCAUGCGCUCAUCUUUGGGAGUAUCUCCCAAAUCACCGAGAAUUUCAGCAGAGACCUCUCGAGAGACCGUGCUCUAUAGAGAAGAACAGCGGGUUUCGCUUCGAGCGUUCGUUCGCACUCUACUGCAGAAUAAGCGGGCGGCAGAGUCAAAGGCUUUAGAGGAGUUUCUAACUGCAGAUCCUGUUAUUCUGAACGAAGAAGAACUAAUUGACAUGCAACGAAGGAAGGAGGCAGACGCUAUCAGGAUAGAAGAACAGAAGAGGUUUUAUGAGAUUGCCAGACAGCGCGCAGCUGAGCUAGAUGUGUACAUGGAAAACUUCCGUCGAGAUAUUGUGGAGAGCAAUGGCCUGACAAAGUUAUUUGCGGAAAUUCGGGAGAAGCCGACGGUAGAGGAUCUCAGUCCUCAAUAUCAGAAGUUUGCAGAAUGGCUUCGGAUCGAGGUUGCCGCAACGCUGUAUCAUUUGUUCUUGGCUGAGGACAACUCCCCUGAACUAUUCGCACAGUUCAAGAGGAUACACUCUCUUGUCCCAUACACACUGAUGAAGAAUGUUAUCCGCAUUGCCAAUCCUGCAGCCGUCAUGUCUGGGGUUUUGGAUCUUUUCCUUGCUCAACCAUUUGGCUCACGGUCUCUUCUGCAGCGGAUCUUUUCCAUGACUCUAAACGAUGGCAUCAAACAAUUCCAAAAGGCCAUUGACUCCCUUGUUUCCAAGGUUGAUGAUGCAUCCCUCUGUCAGAAAUUGAAAGCGUUCACAGAUUCAGAUGAAGCAAUUAAGAAUGAAAUCCGUGCCGAGGCUGAGGAUGAAGAUAUAGAUAUUCUCGUGGCAAUUCUUCGGUCUGACCGUUUCUCUCCCGAACUCACUCCGGAGCAAUAUGGUAAUGUGUUCAAUGCAUAUGUGGCCUGGAACCAAGCAGUGGAGAGUGUCGAUGCAGAAAUGCGUGAAGGUGCACAAUGGUUUGCGAACAUGAAGCAGCUACUUAAACUCUACACGCGUCAGCGUGACAAGGCCAUGAUGCUCAGCAUCGUUGAAGAACCCGUUACCCUCCAACUCUUCCGUGACCUAUUCACAAUAUUCUACGAGCCGCUAGUGCGCGUUUACAAGUCGGCAAAUGUUUAUAAUAGCAUCACUGACUUCGCUCAAUUUGCCGACGACGCCAUUCAGGUCGUCGAAAAAUGUCAGCGACAAGAUGUAUCUGCCGAUCCAAACCAAACCGUCCAGUCCUUCAUCGAUCUUUGCGAACGUCAUCAAGCGAGCUUCUAUAAGUUCGUUCACGAAGUGCACCUUCAUGACAAUGGGCUCUUCGGCUCUCUGAUGGGAUGGAUUGAGGAUAUUCUUGAUUUCCUACGUCACGGGCCUGUUGGUGGCAAGCUUGACAUGAACGCCUUGCUUCACGGGGCUAAGGAUGUUGGGCAAAUCGAUAAAGAUAAGGCUCUCGAUGAGAUCAAUGCACUUAUCAAAUGGCACGAAGACCGCAAGCGGUGGCACCUGAAUAAGACCAGGCAGAAGAUGGCGGCAGAAGGAACCGGGAAUGACCCAUUCCCGACAUUUAAGGGAAGCGAUUUUGGCUUAGACGAGGGCGACCUCGAAGACCUUGCCAUCUCGGACGCGGAGUCUGAUCCCACCGACGAGCUCGACGAGGAAGAUGAUCUUGACCCCAUCUCUGCUGAACGACGACGCCGAGUUAAGCAACAGGAUCAACUCCGUCGCACGGCUGGCGAGCCUGUUAAGCCUGAAGUCCAAGAGAUUCUCAAAUUAGCUGAACCGUUUGGAGCUGUGGCUACUACUUUGUCCUGCAUCCCCUCGCACUUCCGUCCCCUUGCGGGGUUGGUUCCUCGAUGGCGUGUGGCGCUGCAACUGCCCAAGUCGCCCCCCAGCGUCUACACUUGUCAACGACCCCAACAACAGCGCUGCAACUUCUUCCUCUGGGCAAGUGACGCCGAAGCCCGGGAGAAACUCGCCGUUAUAUCCAACUCAAGGACAGAGCCACAGAACAUGCCCCAAACCCCCACCAAAACUUUGCGACAUGGAGGAACGGGCCUUCUCACCCCACAGACUGAUCGCCCAUUUCGAAAUGCGCCUGAGUCCGGGUCGAGGAGCUUUCAGACCCCCUCGAAAAGCGCCAAGGCGCGCAUGAUGACUGAGGACUCCGAUGAGUUCGAAUGGGCCGAUACCAUUCCAGACGAAGCCACUACAGCGCAGCAUAAGCCUCGCCAGCCGGACUUUGGACAAGCUGCGGGUGGCUCGGAUUUCACUCCCCGGAAGACUCCCCGGACAGAUUCUUUAACCUCACCCAGUAAACGGAAGCUGUCUGAUAUGGAGAGUGCGCCGUCCCUCACGCCUACAACAGUGUUUCCCCCUCGGUCGACUGCGUGUCGGCUUCCUCCGGCCUCAGCUGAUAUCUCGAUGACUCCUACGCCGAGCAAAUAUAAGAAUCCGCUCUCUGCUGAUUCUGCAGCAGAUACAUCGGAAUUAUCACUUCAGGUCAUGAGGAUUCUAGAGAGCCAUAAUGUGGUCGUGUCGAGGAAAGCUCAGGAGGAGCUCACAGAGCUAGUAAACAGACAUGACCUGAAAACCAGAGGCAUAAUACGAGGACGGGAUAUCUCGCGAAGUGCAAUCAAGAAGAAAGAUGAGGAGAUUAUGAAGCUUAAGGAAAGGAUUACGGUGCUAGAGUCGCAAAAGGAAUUGACCCCUGACGCCUCCAAGACGCCUAACAGCGACCUCCCCACUAUGUUCCGACCCCCGGUGAACCGCGCAAUGCGGGUCCUGGAUCGCUCAUUCUUCAAGAAGACGGUACCGCUAUCUGCCGCAACAGUUUUCAAGUCCUCCGAUAUCUCGAGGGUGCGAGGCCAGCUGCACAAGAGUCGAGAUUUGCUGGGCCUUCCGAGAACGAGUUCAAUCCGAGAGGUGAAGGUUGAUGAUGAGGUGAAGAAAUGCUUGCUGCUGAGGGAGGGUAUCAAAUAUGAUGAUGCUACAACAUGGUCGCCGACGAUCAAUGAGCUUGUGGAGAAUGGUGCUGUUGGAAUUGGUCGGUAUGAUCUCGAAUUGGACUAUGAUUACUGGACUUACGCCGAUAUCAUGAACGCAAUUUUGCCAGAGGACAUGCUUGAUGAGCUUCCUCAAGGGUUUACCCAGGUGGGCCAUGUCUCCCAUCUGAAUCUCCGCGAACAAUAUACCCCCUAUAAGAGCCUUAUUGCGCAGGUGUUGAAAGACAAGAACCCAACAAUCCGGACAGUGAUCAGAAAGACCGAAGAUGUGGGCGCCCACAGCGAAUUCCGCACAUUCCCCUUUGAGUUCUUGGCCGGCGACGAGGACAUGAACGUCAUCCAACAUGAGCAGGACUGCGAAUUCCGUUUUGACUACUCUCGUGUGUACUGGAACAGCCGCUUGGAGACCGAGCACCGUCGACUCGUGAACAAAUUCCGUUCGGGUGAAAUGGUAUGCGAUGUGAUGGCCGGUGUUGGCCCGUUCGCUGUCCCAGCUGGCAAAAAGAAGAUUUUCGUUUGGGCCAAUGACCUUAACCCGCAUGGAUAUGAGGUCAUGCAGGAUGCUAUUCGCAGGAACAAGGUGGACAAAUUCGUGACUCCGUUUAACAAGGACGGAAGAACGUUCAUCCGCUGGUCUGCCAAUGAGCUCCUGCAAACAGAACCAGUAACUGUAGCUAUCCAAAAGAAACAGAGAAGAAGCGCCCAAAAAGAAGAGACUCCGGCUCCCCCUGCAGAGGUCUAUAACCGACCCACGGUCUUCGGUCACUAUGUGAUGAACCUUCCGGCUAACGCUAUUGAGUUCCUUGAUGCCUUCCCUGGUGUCUAUGCUGGCAAGGAGUCGCUAUUUGCGCCACACACAUCAACACCUCUUCCGAUGGUCCAUGUGUAUUGUUUCUCCGGUCAUUCGGAAAACGAGGUGGACGACCACAAGGAUAUUUGCCAGCGCAUCUCGGAACGAAUUGGCUACACCAUCACGCCGGAGGAUCGGGUCGGGGGGAGUGGAAACGCAGAGCUAGAGCUGGCCAUUCACAAUGUCAGAUUGGUUAGCCCCAACAAGCAAAUCACCAAAAUGAGCGUCCAAUUGCCACCCCCAACACAUCGCAAGCGCGCCUUGCCUCAAGGCGAGCUCGAAGCCGCUUCAACUCUCAAACUAGGCGCGGAUCAGAAUACCCAUACCUUGUCGCUUUCCGAAGCACGACUUGUCAUCAACAAAGUGCUGGAGAACAAGCGCAGGGGCGGGAAGAAAUACGAGGAGCCGGAGAACCUUACUAAGACCCUGGACUAUCUCGAAGUGUUUGCUCGGUUCAAGGAUGAGGAGAAUAUCAAGGCUGUCGAACGCCUGCUCAAUUCGCAUACAGAGUUGGAGAUGUUCGAGCGGUCACAACUGGGGAGUUUGUGCUGCGAUAAUGCCGAGGAAGCCAAGUCCCUCAUCCCCAGUCUUCAACACAAAAUCUCCGAUGGUGAUCUGCAAGAGCUCUUGGAUGAGCUGACCAAGCUGCGGAACUUCACGGAGUAA